AUGACUUACGUGGAGCUAGAUAACUAUUCCUCUUCACUUGCGGCACAUCUCAUGGCGUCGGGUGUUAAGCCUGGCCAGUAUAUUCCUCUCUGUUUCGAAAAGACUAUGUGGAUGGUUGUUUCCAUGUUGGCUGUGCUCAAGGCUGGAGGUGCUUGCGUUUCCCUGGACCCAAACCACCCAUCUCGUCACCACCAAGUCAUUCUCAGCCGUGUCUCGGCCGAUAUUGUCAUCACCAGUCCGGCCAACAAACACAGGUUCCCAGGUAACCGCGUUCUAUCUGUCAGUGCUGCCUUGAUGACGAAGAUCGCCCACGAGCCCUAUGCCGCACCAUUGGUUAGUGCUCAUCAACCAGCCUUUGUCGUCUUCACGAGUGGCACAACUGGUGAGCCCAAGGGUAUCAUUCUUGAGCAUAGAGCGUUAUGUACCAGUAUCGAAGCCCAUGGUCAAUUUAUGGAGUUUGGGCCCGAGUCACGAGUUCUGCAAUUCGCCUCGUAUACAUUUGACGUUAGCAUCGCCGAGAUGCUCACCACGCUCGCUUUCGGAGGAUGUAUAUGUAUUCCUUCAGACCACGCACGGCUCAACAAUCUCUCUGGAGCAAUCAAAACGCUCCGCGUUAAUCAAGCGUACCUCACGGCCUCUGUUGCUGCCUUAUUGGACCCAGACACUCUCAAUGGUUCUUUGAAGGUCCUGUCGGUUGGCGGUGAGCAAGUAGGCCAGGAGGUGUUAACAAGAUGGGGAGACCGAACCAAGCUGCUCAACAUGUACGGACCUGCAGAGACAACAAUAUGGUGCGGUGGCAAGCACAGCGUCAAACCUGAUGGCGACGCGGCAAAUAUCGGCUACGGAGUUGGAGCUCGUAUGUGGUUGACUGAUGUUAACGACGUUCAAAAACUGGCUCCAAUCGGUGCUGUGGGAGAGAUCGUCAUAGAAGGCCCUUUGCUAGCCCGAGGCUAUAUCAACGGCAACAACGAUGUAUUUGUUGAAUCUCCCGACUGGGCCAAGGCAUUCAACGUCUUUGAUGGUUUCGAUCAAGUGACGGGCAGAGUUUAUCGCAGUGGCGAUUUGGGGCGGUAUCAGUCAGACGGAAGCAUUGCCAUCUGUGGCCGUAGGGAUACACAGCUCAAGAUACGCGGACAACGAGUCGAAGUCUCGCAGAUCGAGGACCAGCUGCAACGUCUAGCCCCUGACUUCAAAUGUGUUGUCGGCGUGCUCAGAACGGACACACCCACGCUGGUUGCUUUCAUUGGACUUGAGGGACCUACUAAAGACCAGGGCCUUACAGACAGUAUGGACCUCGUCGUGCGUACGAGGGAUCUGUCGGAAGAGGUGAGGGACCUUAUGGGCAGCCUCGAGUCGCGACUGGCCAAUAUCCUCCCGCCAUAUUCCGUACCCGCGCACUAUCUGGUGCUCAGAAACAUUCCACUCAUGACAUCUGGAAAGACAGAUCGCAAGAAGCUACAGGUUAUUGCAUCUGAGCACCUCGAGCACUCUGUUGACGCAUCAAAACCCCAAAUGCUACAGCAAGUGAAGAAAAUACCUACGACCCAAAUGGAAUGGAAUUUAUUCGGCUUGUGGGCUCAAGUCUUGGGCAUCAACAAUUUGGCGUCUUUAGGCACCGAUGACAACUUCUUCCGAUGCGGAGGUGAUUCACUCAAAGCUAUGCAAUUAGCUUCCUUGGCCAGCCAGCGAGGAAUCACCUUGCAGGUCUCUGAUCUGUUCAAAAACCCCGUUCUAGCUGACCUGGCGCAAGCUAUUGUACUUGACACGCCAAAAGAGAUAGAGACGUCGCCUGUACAAGACAUCCCUGAUCCCUACUCCCUACUGCCAAAUGACACGAAAGAGCAAGUACAGGCUCAAGCAGCACUGGACUGCGAUGUUUCCCCCAACUUGAUUGACGAUAUAUAUCCUUGUACACCCCUUCAAGAUGGGUUGUUUGCAUUGUCGCAGAAGCAGCCUGGUGCUUAUGUUGCUCAGUUCAAGUUCUCUGUCGCGAACAGAAUCAACAUUCGGCGCCUUCGUCAGGCUUGGGAGACCGUGUGUGACCAAGCACCAAUACUACGAUCUCGUCUAGUGUCAACACCGUCUGGUAUAGUGCAAGUUGUUCUCACUGAAGACUUUUGGUGGUAUGAGCGACAUGAUAUCGAUACCUCAGCUGAGUUGGAACAAGACAAGGCAGCCAUCGGUGGACUGGGUCAACCUCUGCAACGGUUCCGCCUUGUUCAAGACGUCGCCAGAGGCCAGAAGACCUUGGUGUGGACUAUUCAUCACGCAGCCUUUGAUGGAUGGUCUAUCGAGCGCAUCCUGGAGAGUGUUCGGCUAGUGUAUCAGGAUCAGCCAAUCCCAAAUCCCUAUGUGCCGUUCAACGCCUUCAUCAGGUACUCGAGCGGUAUUGUAGAGAACCAUGAGUCAAAAGAGUUCUGGCAGUCGUACCUCAGUAACAUAACACCUCCAACCUUUCCAGCUCUACCGUCUCCAAGCUACCAAGCCCUGGCCGAUACCGUUAUUGAGUCAAAAAUGUCAAACCUCAAACUUCCAGACUCAUUCACUCUAACAUCCAUACUAAGAGCGGCCUGGGCGAUCGUGGUGAGCACUUACCAAGGAUCGGAUGACGUGGUAUUCUUGACAACCGUAUUUGGACGCAAUGCUCCUCUAGCAGGCAUUGACAAAAUUAUUGGACCGACAAUUACAACAAUUCCGAUUCGCGUCAAGCUCAACGACCCCAGUACCACGGUCGACAUGCUACUCCAAGCGGUACAGGAGAGUGCUACUGAAACCAUGGCUUUCGAGCAGCUGGGACUUCAGUCCAUUCGCAACCUCAACGCCGACUGUAAAGCAGCCUGCAUGGCGCAAAAUCUUCUGGUAAUCCAGACGAGCCGUGGGGAGGAUGCCACUGUUCCUUUUGGCGGCUUUGAGAAGCUGCCAGACGAGACCAAGGGCUUCUCCACUAUCCCGUUCACGCUCGAAUGCACGGCAACAUCUGAAGGGGGUCUUUCAAUCGAAGCAUCAUUUGAUUCUAAGAUCGUUGAUCCAGCUCAGGCGAACAGAAUAAUCAAGACCUUUGAACAUGUCACGCAGCAGAUGUGCCACAAACAUCUUAAACUCAACCAGGUUGAUUUGAUCAGUGACUCGGAUCAUGACCUGAUCAGGAACUGGAACUCGACCAUGCCUUGCGCAAAGGAAGAAUGUAUUCAUCACCGGCUUGACCGCUUGGCAGUAUCGAACCCUGAUGCCGAGGCUGUCUGCGCCUGGGAUGGGAUCUUUACAUUCAAGGAACUCAAUUCCCUCAGCAACCGUUAUGCUGUCUAUCUCCAAUCCCAAGGCAUAAAGCCUGGUAAUAUUGUACCAUUUUGCUUUGACAAGUCGAAGUGGGUGGUUGUUGCCAUGCUUGCUAUCAUGAAAGUUGGUGCUGCUUCCGUUACUGUUGACCCUAAACAUCCUCCUGGGCGCCGAGAUGGUAUACUGUCAGCAGUAUCCGCAUCUGCUGUGGUAACCACCUCAGGAUAUACUCAUCUCUUUGACCACAAUGCGUCCCAUGGGCUCAAAACUCUCGUACUGGAUGGGAAAACGAUGGACAGCAUCGCCGAUUCACUUCAGCCUGCAGAUAUUGAAAGUACACCGAACGACGCCGCUUUUGUGGUGUACACCAGUGGUAGCACUGGCACUCCGAAAGCAGUAGUUAUAGAACACCGAGGCAUCUGCACAGGAGCAUUUCACCUCGCCAAACUUAUUCAUCUAGGCCCACAAACUCGUUGCUUACAGUUUGCUGCUUUUACAUUUGAUCAGAGUUUUGGCGACAUCUUCCAUACACUUCUCCUCGGCGGAUGUGUCUGCAUUCCAUCCGAAUCAGACCGGUUGAACGACUUGGUUGGCUCUAUACUUCGCCUGCGAGCAAACACCGCUAUUCUUACCCCUACAGUAGCCUGUUCCAUCGAUCCAAGUGAGCUGGGAUCUCACAAAAUGGACGUGUUGACCGUUGGGGGUGAGCCUGUUACCGCUGAAGCCAUUCGAACUUGGGCACCACAUGUUCGGCUAUUCAACACCUACGGACCAGCAGAGUGCUCAGUAACUACUAUUGGGCGACCUAUCAACAUGCAGAAUGUCACUCAGCCGGCAAAUAUCGGCCGAGGCUUGGGGGCAUUGGUCUGGCUGACUUACCCGGAUGACCCUGAGAGGCUGACGCCCAUUGGUACAGUGGGUGAGAUCCUCAUGGAAGGACCUCAGCUUGCUCGAGGGUAUCUGAAUGAUUCCAGAAACACCAACGCUGCAUACAUUACGGACCCCGCAUGGUCUCACCGCUUUCCUGUGCCGGGCAUGAGCACUCCCCGUCGAUUCUAUCGUACAGGAGACCUGGGCCAGUACCAAGCUGAUGGGACAAUUGUCUGCCUGGGUCGACGAGACAGUCAGGUGAAACUCAGAGGACAGCGGAUGGAGCUUGGCGAAGUCGAGCACCAUAUUUCCACCUAUAGCCAAUCGGCUCUUGAAAUCAUUGCAGAUGUCUUUACUCCGCCAAACGGCACAGCCACGUUGGCAGCUUGUAUAAGCCUCAAAGGUUACGAGACAAAGGGCGAUGAAUGCCAGGUAGAGGUUGAUGAGCAGGUCCUGACGAUAUUCAGCGCUAUGCUGUCUGGUCUUGAUUCCUAUCUGUCACGUAUGCUGCCUGCUUAUAUGAUUCCAACACUCUACGUGCCUGUCACCCAUAUCCCGCUGACACCAUCGGGCAAGAAAGACCGAAAGAGCAUUCGUCUUAUGCUGGCACGUAUUACUGUCGAUCAAGUGCAAAAGAUGAGAACCAUUCUUGGAGAAAGCGAGCCAAGUCGGCCGCUGACCGAACGCGAGAAAGACCUACAGCAACUGUGGGUCAAGGUUCUCAAGCUCGAUGGCGAAACAGUCAUCAACGCCAACACCAACUUCUUCCACAGCGGAGGUGAUUCUGUCCGAGCAAUGGCACUCGUAGCUGCUGCGAGAAGAAAGGGCACCCACCUCACCGUGGCCGAGAUCUUUAGCCAUCCCAAGUUGUGCGAUAUGGCUGCCAUGACGACUUCUCUGUCACAGAAAGGUCAACCUGUUCAGUUGGCCCCGUAUUCUCUUUUGCGCUCGACUCCAUCUGCCGAUACCAUGAGCGAAGCCUGUGGUGCCUGUGGCGUUGAUCACUCUCAAAUUCAAGACAUGUAUCCCACUACGCCAUUGCAGCAGGCCCUUGUGGCACUCUCGAUCAAAGACUCUGGGGCCUAUGUCUCAAACUUUGUGUUUUUGCUACCAUCUCAUCUGGACGUUGAGCUAUUUCAGCGUGCCUGGGAAUGUGUAUAUGUCAGCAGUCAUUCACUAAGAACGCGAGUCACGGAUACUGUUGAAACUGGCAUGGUGCAGGUGGUUGUCUCGGAAAAGGUGCGAUGGAACUAUGGAGAUAAUCUUGAGGAAUUUGUUGGUCGCCAGUCACAAAAGGGAUUCAAGCUGGGACAACGCAUGGCCGAGUCAGCUAUUGUGAGACAGAAGGACGGCAAGACCUUUUUCAUCCUCAUUCUACAUCACGCAAUCUAUGACGGUUGGUCUCUUCGACGCCUACUGGAGGCCGCUGAGCAGAUCUAUCACGGCCAAGCCAUUCCUCGCUUCGUUAUCUUCAAUCACUUUGUGGCUCAUGUCUCCCGGUCAGAAGAUAACCGAGCCCCGGCGUUCUGGCGUUCUUACCUCGAGGGUCUCCCAAAGACCUCAUUUAUUCAGCAACCAACGACAGCGUACAAGCCUACAGCCGAUCACAUAAUUUCCCAAGACGUUAGCCUCAGGGAUAACUUCACUGCGCGUUCCGGAGUCACCAUCACGUCUCUGAUGCGAGCUGCCUGGGCCAUGGUUCUCGCAACGUACAACAGCGAUCAAACACCUGAUGUUGUCUUUGGCACUGUAGUGGGUGGUCGGUCGUUAGACCUCGCUGAUAUCGAGUAUAUCGAUGGACCUACUAUUGCCACUGUCCCAUUCAGGGUCACCUUCGAUCCCACGGCGCCAGUUGAUAUGCUUCUCCAGAGUGUUCAAACCAUGUCAACGCAGAUCCUGCAGCAUGAGCAGUUUGGUGUGCAAAACAUCAUCAAGGUGUCGGAUGACGGGCGUCUGGCUUGCGACUUUGAAACUCUCCUCGUCGUACAGGAUUCUGCUGAAAUCAAAGCAAGCUCAGGCUUUCUUGACAUGGAUAACAUAUAUCAACGACCAGAUAGACCGCCAGGUAUCCCUCUAGUUGUUGAGUGCAGUCCAUCAGCUGGCAAUCUUCAUUUAGAGAUUCACUUCGACGCGAAGCUUUUGGAAGAAACUCAGGCCAAACGACUAAUUCGACAACUUGCUCAUGUGAUCAAACAACUAGCCAAUAGCGUCCCAUCGUUAAGUUUAUCAUGCAUUGACAUGAUGAACCCUGAUGACGCGGAGGAGAUCAAGUCUUGGAACAAAAAGCCUCCACCAACUUUUGACGGCUGCUUGCAUGAGAUGGUUCUUCAGCAUUCCAAGGGUUGCCCUGAUCGUAUCGCGAUCCAAUCAUGGGAUACCUCUCUCACCUAUUCCGAACUCGACCAUUUGUCAAGUAUUCUGGCUCAAUAUCUCAACAGCCUUGGCGUGAGACCAGAAGACAAGGUCCCAUUUUGUAUGGACAAGUCUGCAUUCGCCAUUGUUGCCAUGCUAGCUAUCCUUCGCUCUGGUGGCUGUUUUGUUCCUCUCGAUAUGUCCAGCCCGACCAAACGACUCAAGAACAUCAUUAAGCGAGUCAACGCCAAGUUUAUACUUGUAUCCCCCAAGACACGACCAUUAUUCGAAGACGUGGAGGGGCAGUUGGUGGAGGUGACCAAAUCUAUGAUCGAUGGGUUGCCCGAGCUUUCAAAGUCCCUCUACAUCCCAUCAGCAACUCACCCAGCCUAUGUCCUUUUUACGUCUGGUUCUACUGGCACUCCCAAAGGCGUUGUCGUCGAACACGGAGCUAUCGCCACCAGUGUUUCUUCCUUUUCCUCCUAUCUAGGAUUUAACCCCGAUGUCCGCGUUCUUCAGUUUGCACCAUAUGUAUUCGAUGUUUCCAUCGGCGAAAUAUUUGCUUGCCUUGUGUCUGGGGGUUGUCUCUGUAUCGCCUCUGAGUCAAGCUUAAUGGAUGACCUUCCAUUGUGCAUUCAACAACUAGAUGUCAACUUCGCCGUUCUCACACCCACGUUUGCACGCACGUUGACGCCUUCCGAGGUUCCCUCCCUGAAAACUCUGGUCCUUGGAGGCGAACCACUACGCAAGAGAGACGUCGAAACAUGGGCCACUACAGUCAGGCUGUUCAACGGAUACGGACCAACAGAGGCCAGCGUAUUGGCUAUGGCCUACCGAGUGCCAGACUCGCAGUCACCUUGCAAUCUCAUCGGUCUCUCAGUUGGUUGCAGGAGCUGGAUCGUCAGCCCCAGUGACCCUAAUAUUCUCCCCCCAAUUGGAGCCGUGGGUGAACUCGUGCUCGAGGGCAAUACUCUGGCACGAGGCUACCUGGACACAGAGUCUGCUCAAGGAGCCUUUAUUGAGGACCCCAAGUUCUUAGACAGUCUGGUUCCUGAAGCAACAGGCUCUCGGGUCUAUAAGACCGGUGACCUGGUGCGCUACAACGCGGAAGGCAUUGUCGAGUUUGUCAGCCGUAAAGAUACCCAAGUCAAGUUUCAUGGUCGGCGGAUCGAAUUAGAAGACAUCGAACACAACGCUAUGGAAGCCAUGCCCGAAGCCAAACACCUUGUCGUUGAGUUGGUUCGACUCGGUAAUAGCCAACAAGAGGCUCUGGCACUAUUCUUCCAUACCGACAAUCAGCGAACUGCAAAUGAAAAGGACCCGAUUCUUCCGAUCGGGCAAGACUUGGUAGCACGACUGCGGGGCGUCAAGUCCAACUUGGCCGUGACACUCCCUUCUUACAUGGUACCAUCAUUGUAUAUCCCACUCUCUACAUGGCCCAGUACCAGCAACGGAAAGGUGAACAGACAUCUUCUUCGCAAUCUGGUACUACACUUUACCUCAGAGGCAGCCGCUGCCUACUCUCUUCACACCGGUGAUUCGUCUGCGUUAUCCAGUGACGAGGAAAGCCAGCUCGCUCAGCUUUGGGCCACAACCUUGAACAUCGAUGCACGUACAAUUGGCUCAAGCGAUAGCUUUUUCCAACACGGCGGAGACUCUAUUGCCGCCGUGAGACUAGUCACUCUGGCUAGAGAGCAGGGAAUCGGUUUAUCAGUUGAUACUCUCUUGUCAAAGCCCAUAUUGCGUGACAUGGCUCUCUGUAUGACCUCGGCUCAGCCAGUUCGAGAAACAAUCGUUAGGCCGUUCAACCAGAUCCACAGUCAUCAAGAGGAGGUUCUCCUAGCAGCUUCUCAGUUCGGGGUCGAACCUGCGAUGAUUGAGGAUAUAUAUCCCUGCUCCGCUCUGCAAAACAGCCUCAUGGCCGUGUCUCUCAAAAACUCCAGCGCAUACCUCUCUCAAUUCGUGGUCGCUAUCCCCGAAGGAUUGGACAUAGAUGUGCUCCAAGCUGCAUGGAACACUGUCUAUUCAGACUCACCCAUUCUUCGAACUCGCUUCUACCAGCCAUCAUUGAAUAAUAUGCAGCACCCAAUACUGCAGGCCGUGGUUGAUCAGAAGCCAAUAUGGGGAACAGAAGAGAAUUUGGAUGAGUUUCUUGGGAGGGACAAACAAACGCCAACAGGUUUAGGAUCCCCACUCACUCGAUUCACCAUCGUGGUUGAUAAGACAAACCAAGAACGACUCUUUGUUCUCACUGCUCACCACGCUAUCUAUGAUGGAUGGUCCAUUGCAUCAACGUUUGAGAAGGUCGACAUGAUUCUCAAGGGAAUCGCUCUUCCAAAGUCUGUGGGCUACAAUAUCUUUAUCCACCAUUUGCAGUCACUCAACACCCAAGAGAACAAAGCUUUCUGGUCUAGCACUUUGGAGGGCGCCACGCAGACUCUGUUUCCUCAACUCCCAUCGCACAGCUACGAGCCUGCCACUGACAAUUCUCUCAAGCACCAAUUUGCCUACCCGGCCGACCUUGCUCCUCACUCUACAGUAACCAUGGCAACUAUUGUUCGCGGUGCUUGGGGUUUGCUUGUUAGCAAAUACUGCGACUCGCCUGAUGUAGUCUUUGGUACUACUGUCAAUGGUAGAAUGGCGCCGAUUCCCGGUAUCGAAAUGGUCCAGGGACCAACUAUGGCUACAAUUCCUUUCCGCACGCGAAUCAGCACCAAUCAGUCUGUCCUUUCCUAUCUCGAGCAGCUACACGUCCAACAGAUCGAGUCCAUUCCACAUGAGCAGUACGGCUUACAGAACAUCAAGCAUCUCUCCGAGCCUAUCGCGAGAGUUUGCGAGUUCCAGAACUUGCUUGUUAUCCAAAGCUCGCGUGAUAGUAGCCUCAGCGACUCUGGCUUCGCCUUUGGAACUGUCAAGAACAUGGAUCAAGGGUCAUUUUCCAUGCAAGGAUUUCACAACAUGGCCCUGGUCGUUGAAUGCUCCAUUGAUUCAGAAGUCAUUCAUGUCACUUUAAACUUUGACUCCAACGUUAUACCUAAGACUCAAGUCCAGAGGAUUGCUCACCAUUUCGAACAUCUGAUCUUGCAGCUGCAGGCGGGUUCUACUGAACCUGAUUUGAAAAUCGACCAGAUUGAUCAUGUCAGUCCUUCAGACCAAGCUGAAAUCCUGGAAUGGAAUAGUUCCAUCCCAGGCAGUGUUCUGUGCUGCGUACAUGAGCUAUUUGAGAGCCGUGCUCGCUUGCAACCUUCAGCCCCUGCUAUUUGUGCCCGAGAUGGCCAGCUCACGUACUUCGAGUUACAGGCCAAGGCUACGACUUUGGCUGCCUAUCUGAGCCUUCAAGGACUGGGUCGAGGAGUUCUAGUGCCAUUGUUGUUUGAGAAGAGUUGCUGGGCGGUUGUGGCAAUGAUGGCAGUCCUCAAAGCCGGUGCUGCCAACGUCGCCCUAAACCCCGAACAUCCACAGGCACGAUUGGAGGACUCAAUCAACGCCACCCAAGGAGAAGUUAUCCUCUGCAGCCGGAAACACUUCGAGUUGGCCAGUUCCUUUGAUAUGCAGGUUAUCGUAGUAGAUGAAGAUCUGUUUCAUCACAUUGAUCUUCCAAGUUUAGCAUCCUCUGAUCCUUGGUCUCCCACUUACCCUGCAGGACCAGAUGAUCCAUGCUUCGUCUUGUUCACUUCUGGUACAACCGGAAAGCCUAAAGGCAUUGUCAUCAACCAUGCAGCCAUGUGCAGCAGCAUCAACGGCCAUUCUUCUACACUCCGCUAUUCUACUGGACCUGGAUCCCGCAACUUCCAAUUCACAGCCUAUACUUCCGAUGUCAGCAUAGGCGAGAUCUUCACCUCGCUUGCCGUGGGCUCCUGCGUCUGUGUACCCUCCGAUUAUGACCGCAUGAAUAACCUUGCUGGUUCUAUGCGCGAUCUAAAUGUCACCUGGGCAUUCCUCACGCCUAGUGUUGCUGCACUGCUCAAACCUGAAGAGGUGCCUUGCUUGCGAACCUUGCUUUUUGGCGGUGAAACAGCCACGCCUGAGAAUAUUUCGACCUGGGCAGAUUCAUUGUACCUCAUUAACUCUGCCGGUCCAGCUGAGUGCUGUAUCUGGACGCACUGCAAUCCAGGUAUUUCUACUGCAGACAUUGGCAGCAACUGGGGCUAUAACCUGGGCUGUGCUACUUGGAUUACUGAUCCCAACAAUCCGUCCGUGUUGAUGCCAAUUGGUGUUACUGGUGAGAUGUUGAUUGAGGGGCCGAACCUGGCCCAGGGAUAUCUGAACGACCCUGAACGUACGCAGAAAUCAUUCGUUGAGAUCUACCUGGCCGGUAAAAAGCGACGGCUUUAUAGAACCGGCGAUCUUGCUCGAUUCAUGGCCGAUGGGAAAACGCAAUUUCUUGGUCGACGAGACACCCAAGUCAAACUUCGAGGCCAACGAGUCGAGAUUGGUGAGAUUGAGAAUCAGAUCCGGCGACACAUUCCCGAUUCGACCUUGGUGGCAGUUGAAAUGGUCAGAAUCGCUGAAGGAAAGUCGGCUCCUUUACUCGCUGCCUUCCAUGCUCCAAAAGAUCCCCGAGCUAUCGACGACACCGGGGAUACUCCCCAGGCAGAAGUACUGUCGGCAGCCAUGGUUCAGGAACUUGGUGUGAUUCUCGAUGAGCUCGCUGCCAAGCUCGCAGAGACUCUGCCCCAGCACAUGAUUCCCACUGCGUUUAUCCCUUUAACUUCAAUGCCGCUCACAGCAUCUGCAAAGACGGACCGCAACGUACUAUCUGCCUUAGCCUCUACCAUUUCUGUCGAGCAGCUCAGCUAUUAUGCCCUCACUUCAGCAGAAAAGCAGUUCCCUUCCAGUCUGGCCGAGCAACAGAUGGCCAAGCUGUGGCAAGAGGUUUUGAACACUAAAAUCGAUAUUGGUAUCCAUGACAGCUUUUUUCGCAUUGGAGGAGACUCCAUUAGUGCCAUGCAUCUCGUUUCAAGAAGUCGCGCCGUCGGCAUCUCCUUGACGGUUGAGCAGAUCUUCAAGAACCCAACAUUGCAACACAUGGCCGCAAUUGCGACAACAUUUACGGAGUCAAUGGGUUCAACCACUGUUGAGCCAUUUUCUCUCAUCUCCCCAACUGUAACAUUCGAUAUUGUUUGCUCUGAAGCACAGGAGCAGUGCCAGGUCACAGCACAGCAAAUCCAAGACAUCUAUCCCUGUUCGGCAUUGCAGGAGGGCUUGUUGGCUCUCAGUUUAAAAACUGCUGGUAGCUACCUAGCCCAGAUGGUGUUCGAAAUCCCAGAUGAGCUGGAUCUGGAACGGUUCAAAGAUGCUUGGGCUCACAUGGUCGCCAAAGCUGCACCAAUUCUUCGAACACAGUUCUUUGAGUCUCCUUCCCAGGGACAUCAGCUGAUGCAGGCUGUUAUCGACGCCCCUCUAGAGUGGACAUACAGCGAUAAAUUAGACGAGUAUCUCAUGACCGAUUCUACUAAGAUCGUUCAGUUGGGACAGCCUACCUCACGAUACGCCAUUAUUUCGAAUACCCAACGCUAUUUCGUUUUUACGGCUCAUCACGCCGUUUAUGAUGGUGCUUCCCUUGGACCAAUGUUUGAGGCUGUUGAAAAGAUCUACAGCGAGAACUAUGUCAGCUCUUCCUCUCCAUACAGCCUCUUCGUUCAGUAUCUCCUCGGGAUGGACUCGGACAGUUCUAAGGCCUACUGGGAGAUGUCGCUACAAGGAGCCUCAGCCCCUACAUUCCCCCGGCUACCCUCGAUUGGCUAUCGACCAAUGACCAAUGAUGCCCUGAAGCGUACGAUAGCUCUUCCCGCACGCCAUGACACUGAGUUUACUAUGUCUUCCAUUGCUCGCGCCGCCUGGUCUCUUGUGGUGGCGUCUUAUUCUGACACUGAUGACAUCGUCUUUGCAUCUACUGUCGGAGGACGUACUUUACCGAUCGCGGGCAUAGAAAACAUCAUUGGACCAACUCUGGCGACUGUGCCAGUCCGAGUAACCAUCGAUCGAACUGCUUCCGUUAGUGACUUCCUAACCAUGAUACAAGAGCAAUCAACAUCGAUGAUGCCUCACGAGCAAUAUGGACUACAGAACAUCAAGCGUAUCAGCCCCUCGGUCUCGGCUGCGUCUGACCUCCACAAUUUGCUUGUUAUCAACACCUCGUCUGUCGAGGGUCUUGGCUCAGGCGGUUUGGGUCUGAAACAAGUCGAUCUUGGAAGAGCAGAUGGCUUUCACAAUUUCGCUUUGAGCAUCGAAUGCACUGCUGAAGCUGACGCCUUGUCACUCGCCGUCAGCUUUGAUGACCAUGUCAUUGAUCCCAGACAAAUUCGACGAGUGGUUAAUCAGUUCGAGCACAUGCUACAGCAACUAUCUACAUGUGCCAUACAUACGAGACUAGCAGACAUGGAUCUCACAGGUCCUGCCGACAUUGCUGAAAUCCACCUUUGGAAUUCUCAUGUUCCACCUCCACAGCAAAACUAUGUGCAUACUCUUGUGGAGCAACGUGUCAAGUCUCAGCCAGAUUCACCAGCCGUGUGCUCCUGGGAAGGAGAACUGACAUAUCGCGAACUUGAUGAACUCUCUUCAUCAUUGGCAAACCAUCUUAUCACCGCCUUUGCCGUCGCUCCAGGUACUCUUAUACCCAUCCUGUUCGAGAAGAGCAUCUGGACAGUCGUUACUAUGUUGGCAGUACUCAAGGCUGGUGGUGCCAAUGUGCCAAUGGAUCCUCAGCAGCCCCUUGCACGACUACAAGAGCUUGCAGCAGAUAUCGGUGCCUCACUAGCCAUAUCCAGCAGCAAAUAUCAGGACAAGGCACAGAAUGUCACGGCAAGGAACACCGAUAUGCCCGGCAUCAACAGUGUCCUACGAAGAUCCAGCAUUUAUCCUAUUUACGUCUGGCAGUACUGGCAAGCCAAAGGCCAUCCUCAUUGA